AUGCUGUGCAGGAGGCAAUUCUAUCGAUAUUUGUCGUCUGUAUCCGGAAAGAUACCGCAAGCACAAAAAGCGUUUAGACCAAUUGAGGACUUACUUGCGGACAUCCAGACACACUUCAGUGGCACAGAGCAUGUCGAGUGGAAUGUGAAUGCUGUUCGGGGCAUUAUUCCCGCGUUGGGCACGCUUAGAUCGAAGAAAUUUGAGCCUACAACAAUAACGAUUGGUUUAAUGCAGUCUGAAGAACUCCCAAGUGGUCUUUUAAUGGAGUGUUUGGCACGUGAUCCGUUUGGAAUGGACAGCAAUAAGUGGAUUGACGGUGUGCGGAAGUACCGAGGUGUGCAGGUGGGGAAACCUGUCAGGCUUAUCUAUGAAGAUGAUGUGUCUAAAAGUGGUAUUCAUAAGGAUUGCGAUGGGGUGGAAGAGUUUCAUGUAAAAUCACCAUUUCUCGACAAAUCGCUCAGACUUGAGCAGAGGAGCAAGGCGGGAGUUUCUGUUUCUCGAAUGCUGUUCAACGACCUUAACAUUAUGGAUUCGGUAGACGUCUCGCUGCUAAGCAAAUGCCAAGUGCUGAUUGGCCUAAACUUGGGAGAUGUGCAGAAGGAAGAGGUGGAAAGAAGCAUUGGCAGCGAGAGUUGCAUAUUUGUCAAUUCACCAAUCCCCAAAGAUGUUCCACAUGGAGAGCUGUGCGUGGAUGUGGAAAAGUUGCAGGCUGCAAAUGCGGCAAUAGGCAAGUCUGUGGACAAUGUGAGCGAGUAUGUGGAGUUGUUCGAGAAGUCGAAUGCCAAAGCUUUGUUCACGAAGAUCAACGAGGUGACUGCUGGAUAUAGACCGCUUGUGAACCGGCUGAAGUUGCUAGAACGUGCAAUUUCGGGUUCGGUGUCCUCAAGUGCGUUUUUGACAGAUGUGGAAAUCGAUGAUAUACGGAAAGAGAUAUCGAAUUGGGCACGUGAGUCGCAUCUGGAGUUGCAGGAGUGCGUCAGCCCGUAUCUUGAAGAAGUAUUUGUGAGGGAAUUCACCAAGGUGAGCCGGAUUCUAUGGAAUGGGGAUCAUCUACACACAGUGAUGGCAGAAUCUCUAGCCAGAGAUGAUGUUAUCCCUAAGAAAUACGCCGAUUUGAGUCACAGCAAGGACCAGGGGUUCAGUAUUGGGUAUCACGGCUCACUAAGAGACUCUGGAAGACAGCUUCCGGGCCUCAGAAGAAAGAUAUACGCAGUUUCACCCGUAUUGAUUGCUGGCGAGGCAGAUGUGGCAAGUAGUGGUUCUUCAAGCAUGAAUCCAGGUGAGGAUCCCAUGCAGAAACUGCAGAAGGAAGUUGUUGGCAGCAGAUUGCGGGAAUUGCAGUCGUCGCUCAACCGAAUUAUCGUCAAGCAGAACUUGGAAAUCACUCUUCCUGUGUUUUGUGUCUCUACGGUGGGAUAUGUGACGAAUUUGUGCGAUCUCAACUCGGGGAUUGCAGUUUUCGCGUUCAGUGUGGCAGUGGUGGCACUCCGAACCUCAAGCAAGGUUUACAAGGAGGUGGAAAAGUUCGCUGGUUGGUACUAUGAGCGGGUGAGGAGAGCAGUUGACUGGACACUGGUUUAUAUGAACGACAUGCUCAGCAGAAACUUGGAGAAUUCCAAGCAGGAGCAAAAGGUGCGGGCAGAUCUCGAUGCGGAAAUGAGGGAGAAGAUAGAAGUGGUGGAAAAGACAGAGAAGAUGUUGGAGGAGAGUACGCAGAAGCAGCAUUGA